AACUAAACGACAGCGCAUAAAAUGUCAACUCCGCCAAAUCCAAUUUCAAUUCAAAAAUUUCCUGCAAACUCAACUCUGAAGUCCUCCCUGCGGCGAAAGAUUUACUGCAGUGGAGAAUGAUGCCCUAGUCGUAGAUUUUAUUGGUCAUGAGCCUCAUUCUCUCCUAAUUUGAGCAGGUUCCACUGCCAAGAAAAAAUGGAAAGAAAAACCACUCUCUACAUAGCAAAUCUCUUGCAAUCUUGCAUAGACAAGAAAAACCAUUUAUCUGGAAAGCUCCUCCAUGCUCAUAUUUACCGUAUUGGCCUCUCCGCAGACACCUUCCUCUUAAACCGCGUCAUUGAGCUUUACUUCAAAUGCAACAACACGGGUUAUGCUCACAAUUUGUUCGAUAAAAUGCCCCAAAAGAACAUUUAUUCUUGGAAUGCAGUCUUAACUCAGUAUUGUAAAGCAGGAAAUCUAGAAAAUGCACAGAAAUUGUUUGCUGAGAUGCCUGAGAGAAACACCGUGUCAUGGAAUAAUUUGAUUAGUGCGUUAGUGCGUGGCCGGUUAGAGCGAGAGGCAUUGUAUGUUUGCAAUAAAAUGAUUUGGGAAGGUUUUGUGCCUACCCAUUUCACAUUGGCUAGUGUUUUGAGCGCAUGCGGCACACUGUUAGAUGUAGAGUGUGGAAGGAGAUGCCAUAAUCUUGCUGUUAAAAUUGGACUUGAAAAGAAUGUGUAUGUGAUUAAUGCUUUGUUGUGUGUGUAUGCUAAGUGCGGGCUUGUUAGAGAUGCAUUUCAACUUUUUGAAGAUAUGCAGGAACCUAAUGAAGUUACUUUUACAACAAUGAUGGGUGCGUUUGCACAGACAGAUAGGGUUGUAGAAGCAUUGGAAAUGUUUAGUUUGAUGUAUAGACAAGGUAUUCAAAUUGAUAGCGUCUCACUGUCCUGUGUUUUGGGUGUUUGCACCAGAGGAGCAUGUGGAGAAUCUGGUUUUUAUGAUGGCUCUCUGUGUAGUGCGCUUGGGAAACUAGUACAUGGACUUAUAAUCAAACUUGGGUUUCAAAGUGAUCUACACUUGUGUAAUUCAUUACUUGAUAUGCAUGCAAAGAAUGGUGAUAUGGAUAGUGCUGACGAGGUUUUUGCUAAUUUGCCUGAAGUUAGUGUCGUCUCUUGGAAUAUCAUGAUAGCUGGCUAUGGCCAGAAAUGCAAUAGUGAGAAAGCUGUGGAGUAUCUGCAAAAAAUGCGAUCUUGUGGGUUUGAACCAGAUGAGGUCACUUAUAUUAAUAUGCUCGCAGCAUGUGUAAAGUCUGGAGAUAUGGAGAUUGGGCGUCAAAUGUUUGAUUGCAUGGCAUGCCCAAGCAUAAGUUCAUGGAAUGCCAUCCUAUCUGGCUAUAUCCAGGUUGGAAAUCACAAGGAAGCAAUAAAAUUGUUCAGAGAAAUGCAAUUCCGAUAUGUAAAACCUGAUCGAACUACUUUAGCUAUCAUACUUAGUUCAUGUGCAGGGAUGGAGCUUUUGGAGGCUGGAAAACAGGUCCAUGCUGCCUCACAAAAAGCAGCCUUUCAUAAUGAUUUAUAUGUUGCAAGUGGACUUAUUGCUAUGUAUUCAAAGUGUGGGAAGAUGGAUAUGGCAAAAUUUGUAUUUGAGAAAAUGCCUGAAUUGGAUAUUGUCUGUUGGAAUUCUAUCAUUGCAGGUUUUUCCCUUAAUGCUUUAGACAAGGAAGCUUUGACUUUGUUUCAGCAGAUGCGACAAAAUGGCAUGUCUCCUACCCAAUUCUCUUAUGCUACUAUUUUGAGCUGUUGUGCAAGAUUAUCUUCAUUGUUUCAAGGGAGGCUGGUUCAUGCUCAGAUGGCUAAAGAAGGAUUUAUGGAUGAUGUGUAUGUGGGCAGUGCUCUUAUUGAUAUGUAUUGUAAAUGUGGUGAGGUGGAUGAGGCUCGACAAUUUUUCGAUAUGAUGCCUGAUAAAAAUACUGUUACAUGGAAUGAGAUGAUUCACGGGUAUGCUCAAACUGGGCGUGGAUGUGAGGCUGUUAAUCUAUAUAGAAGCAUGAUUAGAUCAGGUGAGAAACCUGAUGGAAUAACCUUUGUUGCUGUUUUGACUGCUUGUAGCCAUUCAGGAUUAGUUGAUACAGCAGUUGAAAUAUUUGACUCAAUACAACGAGACCAUGGAUUGGAACCAAUUUUGGAUCAUUAUACUUGCAUCAUUGAUGCUUUGGCUCGUGGUGGCCAAUUUCGUGAAGCAGAAAUGCUUAUGGAUAAAAUGCCAUAUAAAGACGAUCCAAUUGUGUGGGAGGUUUUGCUUAGUUCUUGUAGACUCCAUUCGAAUGUGAGGUUAGCGAAAAAAGCAGCAGAGGAACUCAUCCGCCUGGACCCCCAAAACUCUUCUCCUUAUGUGCUUCUAGCAAAUAUCUACACUUCCUUGGGAAGAUGGGAUGAUGUAAGGGCUGUCAGAGGGCUGAUGAGCGAUAAAGAGGUGGUUAAAGGUCCAGGAUAUAGUUGGAUUGAACAUAAGAGAGAGAUAGAUUCAAUUAUGGUGGAGGACAAUCUGAAAUUGGUAUAGUAAGUCCAAUGAAAUAUCUUGCUUCAGCAGAUAAUACUAGGUCAAACAUACAAGUACCUUUCAGUCUUGUCCAGGACUGGUAUGUCAAUAAAUGUAGUGAGAUAUGUGGCCUCUGUGGUGAAAAGCAUAACUGCCUACAAAACAUAUUACAGAAUCCUUCCUCAACUACCUUGAAAGAAGAUUGAUUCUCAUAGAAGCUCAUGGGAUCCAAGAGAGAACUCAUGCCUAACACUUUUACCUUCUCAAGCGGAGCUACUUCAGUAUUCUGAAGGUUCCAGGAAAUUUCAAGUUCCUUCCUCUUCGAAAUAAUGGUUAGACACCUCUUGAAGUUUGAAGGAAGGUGGAUGGUAAUGUGGACGCAAGUUUGCAUCCUCUUUUCAUCACCAGGCAUAGCAAAGGCCAGUAAUGUGCAAUGGGUUUAGAAAGACUAUAUGGUGGAAUUGUUCUUAUAGAGGAGAAAGCAAGAAAGUUACUGAAGAAAAUUGAUCUCCUUCAAUAGUUUUUGCCUACUUUUCCAUUGCAAGAUUAAGAGAGCUCCAAUUCCCUCUUGGAAAAUCCGAGUUUCAAUUGCAGAAGCUAAUCUUGUGGAGAGAACGUACUGUCUUGACUGUUCUUUGACAACUGCAAGUGUUGCUCUGAAAUGCUUUAAAUUUUCUUGAUGUAAUACUCGAUCUUUAGUGUUGGCUGCUGUUAAUUCUCUGUUAUUGAUCAUUUCACCCACAAA